GAAGCAUCCUGACGUCUUUUCUGAGCACAAAGUGAAAUCGCACCUCCUCCUCCUCCUCCUCAUCCUCCUCCUCCUCACCGUGCCCACACGGACUCACAAGGACGAGUUUCCUCCCGAACACCUUCAGGAUUUCUCCCUUUAAUUUGGGAUCUUAUUUAUUUUCCUUGUUUUAUUUUUAUUCCAGGAGAAAUCGGUUUGUCCGCGGGAUGCAGACCUCCUCCUGCUGCUUCUCCUCCACCAUCAGCAUCACCAGAGGGCCGAUGGGCCGGGCAGGACGGCCGGGAUUCAACCACCGAGCAGGCUGAAGAGCUCCACGCUGGACCGAGGUGCCUUAACUGACACUAGACUGUCUUUGUAAAACCCGCCAAACAUCUUGAUUCUCCUCCCAGGCGUCACCUCCAGCCCAGAUGCAGAUUUUUGAUGCUCCAACUGGACCGAACCUGGAACAGUCAUGAUGGGAAGCAGCAGGAAGAGGAGGACUUCUCAGCAGCAGAAAUCAGGACUGAAAGGAUGUAAAUUUAUGUGCAUCAUCCACAGAACUGGACCAGCUUGGGUUUUAUAAGAUGAUCUUCAGUUUUCCAACCAGCAUGUCUGAGAGUUUCUAACUUAGAAACAUCUCAAACUCUUAAACUGAAGUUAAUAACUGGCUAAUAAAAGCGGAGACCUCCUGAGAGCCGACAGCUGAGAUGAUUGUCGGUUCAAACAUCCUGAUUGUUUUCUUCUUCUGAUUGUUUUAAUUCACCAUUUGUGGAUUUUCUGUUUUCCUGAAUCUGAGAUCAAACAGCAGCAACGAUUGUGUUACAUCUUCAAACCUAAACCUGAAGAGUCCAUCAGGUUUACCUCUAACAACCAGGAGGAACAUCACGGAGAUUAAAGCCAGAUUUGUUGUAGAUGUUUGUAAUAAAAUGAUGAACCACGUGCACCCUGGACUGACCUCUGACACCAUGGAGAAGGCUCGGUUGGAGCUGAACGAAAACCCGGAUACUCUGCAUCAGGACAUCCAGCAGGUGCGGGACAUGAUUGUAACGCGGCCGGACAUCGGUUUCCUGCGAACAGAUGACGAAUUUAUCCUCCGCUUCCUCAGAGCCAGAAAGUUCGACCAGGUGGAGACUUUCCGUCUGCUGGCCCAGUACUUCCAGUUCAGACAGCAGAACCUUGACAUGUUCCAAAGCUUUAAGGUGGACGACCCCAGCAUCAAGCGAGCCCUGAUGGACGGGUUUCCAGGUGUGCUGGAGACUCCGGAUCAACAUGGGAGAAAAAUUCUCAUCCUGUUUGCUUCUAACUGGGACCAGAGCAGGAACUCCUUCAUAGACAUCCUGCGGGCCAUCCUGCUCUCUCUGGAGGUUCUGAUAGAAAACCCGGCGCUGCAGAUCAACGGCUUUACACUCAUCAUCGACUGGAGCAACUUCUCCUUCAAGCAGGCCUCCAAGCUGACGCCCAACAUCCUUAAACUGGCCAUCGAAGGUCUCCAGGACAGUUUUCCGGCUCGCUUUGGAGGGAUCCACUUUGUGAACCAGCCCUGGUACAUCCACGCCAUGUACACCAUCAUCAAACCCUUCCUCAAGGACAAGACCCGGAAAAGGAUCUUCCUUCACGGGAACAACCUGAACUCUCUCCACCAGCUCAUCCAACCCGAGUGUUUGCCGUCGGAGUUUGGAGGGACGCUACCGCCGUACGAUAUGGGGAUGUGGGCGCGGACGCUGCUGGGACCCGACUACAACGACGAGACGGAGUACACGCUGACGUACGACGCCCUGCACGUCAGGGAGAGCUGUGGAGGAGGAGGAGGAGGACACAAGGACAUGAUGAAGAGGUCUCAGUCGACGGUGGAAGCUGCGGCUCUUCGACAGAUGGACAGAGAGACCAGCACGCCGUUACUGGCUCUGGACUGAACACGCUGAAACAAGCACUCAUUUAAAACACAGACCGGUCCAGCUGUCUGCUGGAUCUGUGUCUGCUUGCUGCCUGAACAUUUACAGCAACAGAACCUCUUCAACACGACACAUAAACGUUUGGACCUCUGCCUGUAGAGGUCUCCCAUUAACCUGGAGCAUCCCGCUCUGAUGGUUUUCCCUGAAAGGAAAACUUGUCGACCCGCUCCACAAACAUCUCAUUUUAAAUCGACAGGUUUCCACUCAUGAGUGUUUCUGUGCAGUGAAUCCCGUAGAAAUGUGAAUUGAUUUUAGGUUCAGGGAAACUCAGGAUGAAAUGCAGCGAGAACAAAGUAUUUAAUUAUCUGAUGUGUUAAUUGUGGCACAUAUCUGUUCUCUGGCCAGAAAUAACCUGAUAAAUGUGUUCAAACAUUCAAAUCAAAUGCUGCAUUAUCCUCAGUCUGAUGAGUCCCCACAGAGAAACACGCAGCCUGUUUGAGCCGUCUAAUUCCUCCCAGCUGAUCCAGUUUCCUGCCAGCAGCAUCUGUCCAGAUGCAACAACUCCACCAUCCCACCACAGCUGGAUUAGUGUCGUCUGCAGCGCGCUGUGAGGGCUUUCUGCUGCUCAGAGUCGGAUUCAAUUGUUGUAAUCCCAUCUUAAAAACGGCUUUCUGUGAACUCUGAGUGGUGAGGACAAUCCAGAAACCAGCUGGGAAAUCAGCCCUUCAAUCUAAAAGAAUUUGUGUUUAUAAAAUAUAUGCUUAGAGAUGGUAAAUGUUAAGAAUUAUACAGAGCAAACUGCACCAACAAAGAUUCAUUUAAAUAUGGGCUGAGUUGUUAAAACUAAAACACGUUCAGCAGUCUGCUGAAAUAAUCCAAGGUAAAGCAUUAAUAUGAUCAUACUGGGGUCCAGUACCGAGCCCUGUGGCACCACAGCCUGUUUCAUCCACCUUUUCUGAACAGUACAGGAACCCUUAGAGAAGGACAUGUCAACAUUAAGCUGGCUGAGAUAAAAUAUAGUGAUGUGGAGCAAACAGGAACCAAGUACUGAGCCCUGUGGAACGCCAGAAGAGUACAAACUCUGUGAAAAAGUGUUCAAGUAUAAAAUAUUUUAAUGAAUUUAGUUUCAUCAUUUUGAAGGUAUUACAACAAACAGCUGAUAAAGGUGUUUGUUCUCUGCCGCCACCAAGUGGAAGCUCCUUCUGGUCGAACGCGACUGUCCCAUUUUUCCACGUUAAAAAACAUCCCUGAGGAAAACACAUUUCCCCCCUUUUUUUAUUCUGUUGCAUCAUCGAACAUGUCACGCUUUACUUCAAGCAUCACAGUGGACACACCGACACGGCAGAAGAAUGAGGUGCAUGAAACUUUUAUAAAAAGCCGUUUUAUUUAAAUGAAGCCAAACUGACCUGCAGUCACUCUGAUAGUGAAAGAAAUUGUUUUCAUUUAAAGAUUGUAUGUUACUGUUACCUGUAUUAGCGCACUGAAUAUUAAAGACAUGAUAUUUCCACGUCCUGCAGCAGAUGGCUGGACAUCAACCAGCAGGUUGCAGUGAGCAGUGAUCAUGUCGCCACUCGACCUUCCUGUAAUGUAUUUCUUUCAAUGAAUGUACAGAAGUAAAGAUUUACACCAAA